AUGGUGGCCUCUGUCACAGGACAACAAGGUUUCCAGAAUGGUUACAACUACGCCAAACCUUCGACACCGGCCCCGUUCACAGGCUACAACUACCCAAAACCCUCGAAACCCUUCAACGAGGGCUACACCUACACCACACCACAAUGUCCACUCGUCCUGCCGAGCACCAGCACUGUCACCGACUACCAGACCAUCGUAUCGACCUCGUUCCUUACGCAAACCCAAACAUUGCCUCCUCUAACGAGCACCCGAUUCGAGACUUCCUACGUGACACUGCCUCCAGUCGUACAGACUCUGACGGACACUACGACCGCGUACGUAACGUUCACCUCGACGGAUUUCGUGGUGUCCACGACGACGGAAAUUCAGCCCACAACUGUCACCUCUCUGCUGACUACGACCUACUGCCAGCCGAACACGUAUCUGCCACCACCGACGCCACCACCAAAUACUUACCUUCCGGUGGAUCCACCCUCCAAGGAGUACCUCCCACAGCUCCCAUCCGCACCGCAAUCGAACUCCGCCGGAUCAUCCGUAGUCCGGCAACCCAACCAGGGUGCGUUCAUCUCCACCUUCGUCCAGCAGCAGUCCGGACCGAUCAAGCGUGCGUCUGGUGGUGAUCCUGCACGACUUCCGCUCUCCGAUGAACGGCUCGAAUCCAACGAAGUGAUCCCAGACAACGGAGAUCAGCUUUCCCAGCCGGCCAUUAACAUCAUCUACGUCGAUCGGCAAUCUGCGGCCAGUGGCCAACCACCGUCGGAUCUGAUGAACUGGAUACUGUGCAAAUUUAACCUCUCGAGUGGCACGUGCUCGGACAAGUGA